AUGGCUUCUUUGAGCAGAGACAAAAAAAUGGUGGAUAUAUGCAAUAACAUAAAAAAUACUGAAACUGAAAAUAAAAAGCAAACAGAAGCUGAUGUAAAUUGUGUAGAGCAUAAUGUCAGUAUUACUCAUGGGUUUACUGAGAAUGUAAUUGUCGAUGAUCAUGCAGAUUUGGACCAUCAACAGAGUACUGUCUAUGAUGAAGUCCAACACACUCAACAAGACAUGGAAAGAGCUGAAAGUGUUGGUCAAGAAACUGAUGAAGACUUGGACCAUCAACAGAGUACUGUCUAUGAUGAAGACCAACACACUCAACUAGUACAAAACAUGGAAGUAGCUGAAAGUUUUGGUCAAGAAACUGACGAAGAUUGUAACCUUGAACAGGAGAGUAUUUCCUCUCAUGAAGAAGUUUUCCAUCAAACAUGGAGUUCUAGCUCUAAAAUACAAAAUAGAUCAAAGGAAUCACAUUUAGAACAAAAUGUAAUCCAAGCUGCACCUACUGAUAGAAAAUUUUCCAAAAGAAGAAGAAUAAAAAAAUAUAAAAAUCGAAAUGCUGGGAAGAGGUAUGAAACUCUUGACGGAAAAGUAAAAUUGGUCAGGGCAAUGACAGCUUUGACAGUUUGCCGCGCCAAGUGCAUGGAACGUAAUCCCCCUGAGAUCCAGGAAGUUAUUUUUAAAGAAUAUUGGAGUCUCGGAAGUCAACAUGAAAGAACGAAAUUCGUUGCUAAUUUAGUUCAAUCAACUGAGCCUAAAGUUAUUCGGAAAUGA